CAGGACGUGGGGCUACAUAUUCAGGACAACACUCAAAAGGAUCAGUUUUUUUGCAGAGCAAUGGAAAUGACAAGACAGAGGCAUUUUCUCUUUGGCAUUAUGUUGGACAUCCUGGAAUGCUUUCUUAUGCAGGAAAGAGAACAUCCCUGCUUCCUCUACCAAAUCUGACAUCAGUGAUGUCUGAACUCUUCACAGGCUGCAAAUCAGACGCAAACAGAAUCUUCACCUUCAACUCCCAACACUGUGUCACCAGUGCCAUUAAAUAAUUCAACCGGUGCUCCAAGGUUUGGAACAGUUACUCCAAAUCGCAUCUUUGUAGGUGGAAUUGAUUUUAAGUCUGAAGGGGUCUCUCUUCAAUGGUGUCAUCUUUGACAUACUGUAGGCUUACAUUAGUCUUUCGUCAGAAUCUGUCAAGUGCCUUGGUCCUGUAAGGAGCAUGGAAACAUGAGUCCUGAAGGUGUCUCUAGCAAACUUACAGAUAUUGUGUUUAUCCAGACUAAUGAAAAUGACCUGAGGAAGUUUUUUGCUCAGUAUGGCUGUGUGAGAGAGGUGAAGAUAGUAAAUGACAGAGCUGGAAUAUCAAAGGGGUAUGGCUUCAUUACUUUUGAAACUCAGGAAGAUGCACAGAAGAUACUACAAGAGGCUAAAAAGCUUAAUUAUAAGGAUAAGAAGUUGAAUAUUGGUCCAGCAAUAAGAAAACAACAAAUACGGAUUCCUCGUUCUACUGUAAUACCAGAAUCUGGUACAAUGUACUUGACUACUUCAAGUGGAUAUCCUUAUAUUUACCAUAAUGGAGUGGCUUAUUUUCAUACUCCUGAAGUUGCUUCUGUUCCACAGCCAUGGCCACCACGCUCUGUUUCCAGCUCACCCAUGAUGGUAGCUCAACCAGUUUAUCAGCCUCCUACUUAUCAUUAUCAGGCACCAACACAGUGUCUUCCAGGUCAGUGGCAGUGGUCUGUUCCACAGUCUCCUGCUUCUUCACCUUCGUUCUUUUAUGUGCACCCUUCCGAAGUCAUUUAUCAGCCAUCAGGGAUUGCCCAGGAAGGUGGUUGUGUACCUCCUCCUUUCCUUCUAGUGGAAGCUGCAGUUCCAGAGCCAUAUUCUGAUCAUGGAGUUCAAGCGCCCCAUCACCAGCCUUACGCCCAGAGUGCCAUAGCCAUGCCUGCACCUGUGAGUCAAACUAAGCCAGUUAAAGAAUCAAGAUUGCAUUCUGUGAGAAGACAUUUUUUACAUCAUCCGUCUGUGAGUCUCAAACCUCAACAUACAUGAAGUCCCCAUUUUCACCCUGGAAAACAUGACAGAAUGGAAGAUGAAUAUACCAUCUUCUUCUACAGAUUCUCCAAAAUGUCUUUUUAGGUAUUCAGUUUGCUAACGCACCUCUGACGUGGAGGAUAUGUAGUUCCUAUCUUCUACCAUUUGCCUGAGUGUGCCUAAAUUUAAAUGCCAUAGUGUUUCGUAAAGAAAUAAAAUCAAAUUUUGUAGUUAGGACAGGUAAACAGGUGAAACUAUGAUUUUUAUCCUGCAUUUCCUUUUCUUAAUAAAAACACUUCCACAGGACAAAACUGUAACUUCUGGUAUACAGCCUAAUGUAUAAACAUUGGUUACUAACAUACACUUGAAAAAUGGCAUACAAGUUAUUAAACAGAAAAUUUCACAUUUAGUUUCUGUACUACAUAAAUUUAAAAGGUCCUUUAAUUACAGUGAAAAAGCCAUUUUCCCACAUAUACACUAGCAGCAUCUGUGUGUUACAGAUUUUUUUUAAAUCUAUGUGCAUUUUGUUUCAAUUCCAAUAGCUUUUGUGUAUUUGUUUUUUUCAAUCGGAAUUCUCUGUUCUUAUAAGUUGUCUUCGCUUGCGUGUUGUUUCAGUGCUUGGGUAUAGUAACUUUUCAAAAUUUGGACCACUAGUUGAAUAAUUGCUUGUCUUCAUAUGAUGGUGACAUGUUUCUUAUAUGGUAAGCAAUGUAUUUGGCUUUAUGAAAACUUGAAAACAUUUGAAAAUUUCACCUCUCUGCUUUGAAUUUUUUUGUUGUCUGAGCAAGACUUAGGAACUCCUCGACAAUGUAAUGAGGUGGGAUACUUCUUCCUCCUCAAUUGCAGGAAAAUAUUUUUCUUCUUUUUAUCCUUGCUUCUCCUUUCAUCCCGCUAGGAUACCUUAUGUAUUUUGUAAAACUUGGGUUCCUCAAAGGUUAAAAUAUAACCUUUGUAUUUAAUAGGAAAACAAGCUUAUAGUAGCAUUGGCAUCUUUAUAUAUGUAAAAUACCCUGGUUUAUUUUUGAUUGUAUUUUUGUUUUGUUUCUUAAUCACUUAGGAAUCUUACAGAGUGUGACUGACAUUAUUGUCAGUCAAUGUAACUAAUAUGUAAAUAUCUUAAAAGAUUAUUCUAGCAGUCAAUAGUAUUACUAGUGUGCAGGAAAAGAGAUGGAAACUGGUGCUGUUCUUACAGUUGUUUGAAAAUGUUCUGAAAGGAGAUGCCAUGUACUUAGUUGCAUGUUUACUCAAGUUACUUCAUACCUUUUGCUAGGUAGAAAAAAAAAUCCUACAUGAUUUAAGCAUGAUUUGUUUUUUAAAAAAUGUGUUACUGUGGAAGCUGUGGAGAUUGUUUUGCCCAACAAGUAUCAGAUAUUUGCAAGUUACUGGGUCCACAGGGAUAUCAGCAUAUUUCUGAGGGGGUAAAUAGCUGCUGCUCUAGUUUGUCGUGUCUUUGAGCCA